AUGACAAUGGCAGAAAAGAGAAUAUCAGGUAAGAAAUAUGUGCUAGUAACUGGUGGUGCAGGUUACAUUGGAUCGCACGCAGUUGCUGAGUUGAUUGAGAAUGGGUAUGAAUGUGUUGUGGUUGAUAAUUUGUGCAACUCAUCUUACGAAUCUGUGGCUCGCUUAGAGCUAUUGACAAAACAUUACAUUCCAUUCUGCAAGGUGGAUCUAUGUGACCGCGAGGGACUGGAAAAAGUGUUCCAAGAGUACAAAAUUGAUUCUGUCAUUCACUUCGCUGGUUUGAAAGCUGUUGGGGAGUCUACAAAAAUUCCCUUGACGUACUUCCACAAUAAUAUCCUAGGAACGUUGGUUCUUCUGGAAUUGAUGGAAAAGUACCAUGUUGAAAAGCUGGUGUUCUCGUCCUCGGCAACUGUGUACGGAGAUGCCACGAGAUUUCCUAAUAUGAUUCCAAUUCCUGAAGAGUGUCCAUUGGAUCCAACUAAUCCUUAUGGUCACACGAAGUUUACAAUUGAGAAGAUUUUGCAGGAUCUUUACGCUAGCAACACGAAUAUCUGGAAAUUCGCUAUCCUGCGUUAUUUCAAUCCUAUUGGCGCUCAUCCAUCAGGACUAAUUGGUGAGGAUCCUUUGGGUAUUCCAAACAAUUUGCUUCCAUACAUGGCUCAAGUCGCUGUUGGCAGACGUGAAAAACUGUAUGUGUUUGGUGAUGACUAUGAAACUAGAGAUGGUACACCAAUUCGUGAUUACAUCCAUGUGGUAGACUUGGCCAAGGGUCAUAUUGCAGCGUUGAAAUACUUGGACGCACACAGUACUGACGGGUUGUGUCGUGAGUGGAACCUGGGAUCAGGUACAGGCUCUACUGUGUUCGAAGUGUAUCGUGCUUUUUGCAAUGCAUCCAACAAGAAAAUUCCUUACGAAGUUACUGGUAGAAGGGCAGGUGACGUUAUAAAUCUGACUGCUAAACCAGACAGAGCUCAACGUGAAUUGAAAUGGAAGACAGAGUUAGAUGUCGGUGUUGCAUGUUCUGAUUUAUGGAAAUGGGCUACGGAAAAUCCUUUUGGUUACCAACUAAACGGACAGAAAGCUGUUUUUGCUGCGCAAGUUAAUGAUUACGAAGACAGAUUUAUUACAAUUGGGGCCGGUUCGAAAUUUGAGGCCACCAUUGCUAAUCUCGGUGCCACACUGGUUGAUCUUAAGGUCAACGGUCAAUCAGUGGUUUUGGGUUACUCUGAAGCUGAGGAAUACGUUGCUGAUAAUGGGACUUACGUUGGUGCCACCGUUGGCCGUUACGCAAAUCGUAUAAAGGAGGGUUUGUUCACCUUGCAAGAUGGCCCUCACAAGUUGACAGUCAACAACUGCGGUAACACUAAUCAUAGUAGUAUCAGUUCUUUCCACACCAAAAAGUUUUUGGGACCUUUGGUUGAGAAUCCUUCCAAGGACGUUUACAUCGCCGAGUUUCUUCUUUUAGAUGACCAUUCAGUGCCAAAUGAGUUCCCGGGUGACUUAGAGGUCCUCGUAAAAUAUACUUUAAACGUCGCCGAGAUGUCAUUGAAAUUGAGUUAUCAAGCCCAAUUGAUAAAUGGUGAAGCUACUCCAAUUAACAUGACUAAUCACACGUACUUUAACUUGAACAAAGUCAAUAAUGAACAAUCUAUUAACGGUACAGAAGUGAGAAUUUGUUCAAACAAGUCACUAGAAGUUAGUGAUGGUGCAUUGAUCCCAACAGGAAAGGUCAUCGAAAGAGAUAUCGCUACAUUUGACUCUACUAGACCUACUACUUUACGUGAAGACGGUCCUUUCUAUGAUUAUUGUUUUAUUUCUGACGAAAACAAAGGGUUAAAAUCGCCUGACUCGACAAGCCAUAAUGAUUUAGUCCCCUUCUUCAAGGCUUAUCAUCCCGAAUCGAAAAUUACUUUGGAAGUCAGUUCCACGGAGCCAACGGUCCAUUUCUAUACUGGCGACGGACUUUCUGGAAAGUUUGAACCAAGAUCUGGGUUUGCUGUCGAGCAAGGGAGAUACAUUGAUGCAAUCAACCGUAGUGACUGGGAGGACUGCGUUCUUCUAAAACGUGGCGAUGUUUACACUUCAGAAACCCAAUAUCGUUUCGAGAAUUAG